AGAAGCGAUCGCGAGAGAAAAAAAAUGCAACCUCCCAAAAUAAAGAGCAAAGAUUGCAUUAGGAGCGAACAGCGCUGCAGAAAUAGAUGGCAGCUUCGUGUCAGUGAGUUUGCAUCCCCUUUGCUGAUCCACGAGCGGGAGUGAUUAGAGCCCUGGAAGGGAAUUGUUACUCCCGUGGAGAAGUCCCCUUUUCCUGGCAGCGGUCUGCACUGUACACGCUGGAUGCCUCUCUCCAUCCACCCCACUCACUCUCUGCUCUCUCACCUCCUCUCUCCCUCUCUCCAGCAUUGAUUUUUUUUUUCCUUUUUAGUUGACUGAAACAAAACAAAACAAAAGGGCCACUGGAUGUCUGCCUUCUUGGGGGGUGAGCCAGACAGACUGACAAACAAACAGACCCAACUGUGUUCGGGGGAGGGUUUCUCCUCCCGUUUUGCCCGGCAGCAGCAGCAUGGACGUGUUGGCUAGUUAUAGUAUAUUCCAGGAGCUACAACUUGUCCACGACACCGGCUACUUCUCAGCUUUGCCAUCCCUGGAGGAGACCUGGCAGCAGACAUGCCUUGAGUUGGAACGCUACCUACAGACAGAGCCCAGGAGGAUCUCCGAGACCUUUGGGGAGGACUUGGACUGUUUCCUCCACGCUUCACCUCCCCCGUGCAUUGAGGACAGUUUCCGGCGCCUCGACCCCCUAUUGCUCCCGGUGGAGGCGGCCAUCUGCGACAAGAGCUCAGCUGUGGACAUCCUGCUCUCUCGGGACAAGUUGCUCUCAGAGACUUGCCUCAGCCUCCAGCCAGCCAGCUCUUCCCUGGACAGCUACACAGCCGUCAACCAGGCCCAGCUCAACGCAGUGACCUCAUUAACGCCCCCAUCAUCCCCUGAGCUCAGCCGCCAUCUGGUCAAAACCUCACAGACUCUGUCUGCCGUGGAUGGCACAGUGACAUUGAAACUGGUGGCCAAGAAGGCUGCACUCGGCUCAGUCAAGGUGGGCGGGGUGGCAACUGCAGCUGCAGCCGUGGCUGCUGCGGGGACAGUUAAGAGUGGACAAAGCGACAGUGAACAAGGAGGGGCUGAGGCGUGUCCUGAAAACAAGAAGAGGGUGCACCGCUGUCAGUUUAACGGGUGCCGGAAAGUUUAUACAAAAAGCUCCCACUUAAAGGCCCACCAGAGGACUCACACAGGUAGUGAGAAGCCUUAUAAGUGCUCCUGGGAAGGGUGUGAGUGGCGUUUUGCACGAAGCGAUGAGCUCACAAGGCACUACAGGAAACACACAGGUGCAAAGCCCUUUAAAUGCAACCACUGCGACAGGUGUUUUUCCAGGUCUGACCAUCUUGCCCUCCACAUGAAGAGACAUAUCUAAAAAAAAAAACAAAACCCUAAAGGCCAGAGUUGCCAAGGCAUCGGCCAUUGUCUGAGGAAAUGCCGUGAGGCAGGGGCUGGACUUCAGGCGGGGGACCUGUUGCCUCGCAGAAGAAAGUUCUCACUUACAAACCUCCGUGUACACACACCCACACAGACACACACCCACAGCGACACAAGCGCACUCACAGCCCACCCCCCUACACGCACACACUGUCAUGCACUCAGCUCUAUUUAAAAUAUAUACGUCUAUUCUUUAUGCCUUGCCCUAGCCAGAUGGUGGAAGACAAAGCAGAAGGAAACCAGGUGAACUCAGCAAGGCAGACUGGCUGCUUACUUCAGCACUAUUGGAAUUAUUUCCCGCUGUUGCCAAUGGAAAUCAAAGAAAAUGGAUGUGACGUCUCUGCAGGUGGACAGCAGUAAGAGGGGCUUAUUUAACUUGCUUCUCAGUGCAACUUGAUAGGAGAAUCCAACGUCUUAAAGUUGCAUAUGUGUAGCACUAAUGUUUCCUUUUUUAAAUAGUUGGGGGAAAGUGACCUAGAAAAACCAAAUUGCAGUUUGGUAGCCAAAAUUAACUCUUGGUUUAUCUGUCCUUUGUGUGUGAAAAGUCCUACUAUUCCGUGCGUCCAACUUCCUCACAGAACUGUUGAUCGGUUUUGGUUCUUCUUAGUACAAUUGAGAUCUUUUGAGUCGAUAACCGACGGCCUUAGCGGCGGCAGACUCUGGAACAACACCACACACCUUUCUGGCCUGCAUUUCUCUAGACUUCACUCUCCAGGGAGGAGUUUCCUUUUUUUACUUUUUGACUCUUGCACACCAUAUGCACUAGGGAUUCUGGAAACUUCUAGCAUGACUGCAAAGUGGCCAAGAGAAUAAAAUUCUUGAUGAUAAGUCACAGUAUAUCCCUUCUUGCCAGUGCUAGAUUUUUUCUUUUUAAUCUCUCUGUUUUUGCUAAUGAAAACUUGAAAAGCUUAUUUGGAAGCUUAAAUGUUUUAUCUUUUCUCCAUGGACUAAAACCUCUCCAGGACUCUCUCUCUCUGUCUCUCUCUCUCUCGGCACCUGGAUGUCCAGCUCUCGAAGCAGCCAAUCAGAUGGAACAUCACAGUUCUCUCCACCUCCUUGAGGCAUCAUGACCUCAGCUCAUAGCGAUCGACCCUGUGCUGUGUGUCAUUGCUCCCCUAGAACCUGUUUCAAGCAUAGAUGUUGCUAGUCUCAAAGGGCAGCUGCAGACUUAACCUAAUUCUGGGUUAGUGCCUGACAAAAAAGCCAAAUAUAUCCCUCUUUCCAGGAGUGGGGGACACUGAGGAUGCCUCCCAAGUCUAGUGGCUUCAAAAACCGUCAUUCUAUCUUCCUUUCUCAUCCCCACUGAGUUCCUGUUGCCCCACUCCUCGUUAAAACACACGAUUCAGAAGGCCACUGUAGGAACAAAGGGUUUCCAUUGAAGGAAAAGGGUUGAGAUGUUUCUCUCAUGGUCUGUCUGAAGAGAGAGACAUUGCUAUUUUUUAUUUCUGGCUUGGCCCACCAUGACUUGUGACACAGAACACCUAGGAUCAACAGAGGCCUCCCAUUUUCUCUGCAAGCUGACUCCAAGGGGAGGGGGGGUACCAGGCCUCACUUUUCAGCUCCCCUGCACCCUAUCCCCAUACACAUCCAAUAUCAGUCUCUACCCGCAUUUGUAGCUAGCUGGCACUGGCCUCAACUCCAAAGACUGCCUUUAGGACCAUUCAAUGGCCUAUGCAAGCAAGCGGGGUGGUUAUUAGGACAGGUUGUAUAUUCUGUAUAUUCUGGGACCAUCCCUUCAAGACACGUCUCAAAAAUAAAAAUGGCAUUUGGUCCGAACAUGGUUGCUGCUCCUUCCUACCAGCUGGCUCCCUUCUGCCCUCCUCUGACUGUUUGACUCAUUGACUGUUAAAAUGCCACCCCACACCUAUUUGGGAUGCAAAACUGAAGUCUUUAAAAAGAAAUAAUAAUAUCAGAAAAAUGCAUUUAUGACAGCAACCUUCAAGAUGCUUGGUAUUUGGUUUUUCCGCUCUCUGCAACCUUGAUUUCACUGAAACGUUGAAACGACUCGUCUGAGGGUAAAGGAGUCUCCUUAUCACAAAUGCUAUAGCUGCCAAUUGGACACUUUGGGGCAUUUUGAGGUCUUGCCCUUAGAAUUUUCUUUUUUUCCUUUUUUUUUUCCACUGUAGACCAAAACAGCAACAACAAAAAGUGAAAAACCACCCUAAAACACACAUACACACACACACUCACAAAAUCUGCCCACUUGCCAGAGGCAAUUAUGUAUAUGUUACUUGGAGGGUAUUAAAAAUCAGUUUUAUUCCAAAGAUUUAAAACUAGACAUGACUUAGAAACAAUUUCUGGAGCACUGCUUGCUGACAAUCUUGUAGUUCUCUACUGCAUUUGAGUGCAUUUUGUGGCCAGUCCAUCAGGGCGUACCAUGGGAUUAUAUUUGAAUGUGUGGUGCAUCUUUUCUGGAUGAAGGAUGUAUGAGGGACCCUGAACCUCAGCUGUAUUAAACUGUGGCACCUCCAGUCAGUGCACUAGAUGAAACUUUAGAUACCCCAGAUUUUGUUGGUUCCUGAUUUCCCUUUCUAUAGCAGCUUCCAGCAUGAACACACGCACACGCCAGUGAUGGCAUUAGCCAUGGCGGCCACGAUUUACAAAUGUUCUCUCCCCAGCUGGAGCUGCUCUUGCCUCUUGAAAUACUAUUAUUAAGGGUUUAGAAUACUUAAUUUAAUUUUUGAACUGACCAAUGCAAGACUCUAUUAAAAAGAAAGUAUAAGAAAAAAAAAAAAAGAAAAGAAUGCAAAAGAGUAACCAUUGCUUGUCUGCUCCCUGUUGUCAUCCGUGGUCUUAAACAGAUCUCAUUUGAAUGUGGCAGAACAAAGGCUCUUUAGUCCUCAUCAGUGUCUGAAAUGUGUAGUAAUUCCUCUCUCUUCUGUAUCAGGGAGGUCCUUUGUAAUCUGCUCCUGACCUUUGGCAGAGCAGGGUGCGUGAACCGUGACGGGUGGGGGGCUUGCUUUUGCUUCAGAGUCAUUUUGUUGACUGUGAGAUUUGGCCUGAGAAUUUGGUGGGUGCUAAAUGUCUGGCUUGGAAACGGUUCUUCUCUAGCCCAGCUGACACCUGUGAGUGAUAACCAGUCCUACCCAUGGGAGCGGGGGGGGGGGUAGCCCCUCACGUUGUUUAGAAGCAGAUUGGUCAUCAGUCAUCAGAUGCCGAUCAUCUCUCCCAACUACGAGAGCUGGUCGGUGGGAGCCUGCUCGUGUGAACAGGCUUUGCAAGAAAUAACAGGAAGAGAAUUUGCUCCCAAGAGGACAGGUUAUUGAAAACAGUGCUUGAAUGGACAUUUGAAACAUAUUAAACUGCUUUCUCACUAAUAUUGUUACCUCCUAACAUUUCAGGGGAUCCCAGAUUUAUAAAGGAGAAAUCUGGCAUGGUGUUUCUUGUGGUUAUCCUCUCAAGCACGCUGGAUCCAGGGUUCAGAGUUUGAUGUAUAGAAAAAAAGUGUUUCUAAGCCAUUGAUAUUUUUUUAAUAUUAUUUCAAGUUGUACUUCUUUCCUCUACCACUUGGCUGUAAGUCAAAGAUGUGGAAACCUGUAACUUUAAUGCUGCUCCUAGCUACUGGCUUCCUGCCCCACGAAUGGUUAACCUACUAAUGGUUAAUUGGCCCAGCCUCAUACCUGGUGGUGAUGAGUAUUAUGUCCAGAAAAUAAAAAUGUUUGGAUUCCACAAAGCUGCAUUUUAUACAAAUAUUGGAGACCCCAAGAUGAAUUUCAUGCUGACCAUUUCUUCUCCUCUCCAUGUGCUUUUCUUGCCAAGCUCUUCAAAUACCCAUUUCCUUCCCUCCUGCGCCUCUUGUGCCCUUUUUACAUUUUGGAUUGCCUGAUUAUAACAGGGUAAAAAGACAGCCAACCUCAUGCAUGAAUAACAGAACUGAUAACUAUUUUUUUCUAAAAAUCUUCUUUGAAUUUCAAAGCCAGAGAAGAUUUUUAAAGAACUUUAGUUUGGGAUAAGCUUCCGGAUGAGCCAUGUCUAUUUGGAUCAGAGAGGAAAUAAAUGGGAUUUUCAUGGAGGUUCUUCCAGUGUGUUUGGUAUAUUUCACCUGUAACUCCUGAACCUCUACUUCUGAAUUCUAUGGUAAAGCCAAAAGAAAUUAACUCAGAUGGCAGGAACAGCAAAACAUAGUGGUUCGUUUUGAUUGGUUUGAAUAGUUUCCUCUAUGGAUUUUGUUUCAUAAAAUAUAAACUACAGUGCAAAGUAAGUUUGUUUUCUCUUUUGCAUUUAUUGGUAUUAUGGAAAGGAGACAAGAGAAGGAGUACAUUUAGCUGCAAAAAUCGGGUUUGUUGCUCCUUUUUCUGAAAAAAAAAAAAUUAAAAUCUUUUGGAUUACUUGCAUUUCUCUGGCAACAGUUUAGCUCCCAGAUCUUUGCCAGAGUGAAAAAUUCAUAAAGUCAAAUGUGGUUCCAAUGGGUUUCUGAAAGCUUUUCCUGUUGUUUUUCAGAAGUGACCACCUGACCAAUGUGGGGUGGGCAAGAGGAGAGAAUUGGCAUCCUAGGUCCGGAUUGUAUUUGGGUAAACAUGGUGAUAUCUCAAUUCAAACACGAGAGGCACUGGCCUAUAUGUACGUCAAUGGCCUCCUUUCCUCAGUGAGGGUCUUUGGGAAUACUUGAGAUAGAACCACAAAAAUGUGUUCAAGGAAGUAAAAAUGACUUCUCCAUGUGAAAUCCCAUGAUUGACUAACAGAAGAGGGUUUUCUCUUGCUUUUAACACUCUCUGAAAUCCCCUCUGUUAGUUCCUAAUAGAUCCCAGACAAGGGAGUAAAAAGCUGCGAUUAACUUUCUUGCAUGCAUCCAUCCAAUAUAGUACUGUAUUCUUCAGGUGUUUUGCAUUUAUGUACAAGUCCUCGGGAAACUGGUAUCAAAAAUGGAGAGAGAGACAGAGAGAGAAAGAGGGAUCCAGGCCAUCCUUUCACAGAAAUCCCAAACAAGAUACUCUUUUCAAAUAGGGCUCCCUCUCAAUGGUCAGGAGGGAAGGUUGAAACAUUCUUUGUUGGGGACUGUUUAUACAAUUUUUUGCAACUGUGAGCUUUGGAAUCGUAAAUUGCUUUGACUCCAGCUUCUGUCUACUGCCAUAAAAUGGACCCCACGUCAGAAUAAUGAGGGUGGUAUGUGUGCACACGCCCAGACACGCGUGCAUCUGUACCUAUUGUACCUUCGCAGAAGGAAAACAGGCUACUGACGUUUAAAAGGAGUAGCCACCAGUGCCUAAUAUCUUUGGGGGGGAUGUAUGCUUCUAAUCGCCAGUAUACUGACACCACACGGGAGUUCCACAGAGAGGGAGGGGCUGGGGGUGGGAUGAGGGGACAUUUUAAUCCUAGGCCUUUGGGACUGGAGGCAGAAGGAUUUCUGUAAAUCUAAGUCCAGAAAGGCUUUGGGGCUCAUUGGCUGGUUCUCAAUCCCUACCCCACCCCCCACCCCCACCCGCAUGCAUUUCCUAUCCUAUCGAGACUUCAUUUCAUUUCCUUACCUUUCACUUCCGCUUCAUUCCAGGGAGGAAAAAUACACCUGUUAUGGCCAAGAUCUCCUUGCUAACACAGAGGCAAAAAUAAAUGUUUCAUGUUUUUUGAAGCCUCCCCUUUCUUUCCCCAAAUUCUCCCCAAACUUCUGUCAUGUCAUUCCCACCCCCCAAUGCCCGCCAAAAAACUUCCCAGCCACUACCACUUUUCUUUCGAUUCUCCAUUCUCCUCCUAACAGUUGGCGUGAAGAAAUUUAUUUUUGCACUAUACAUUUUCUUUUUGCCACAGAUGUGUCUAACAAGUGUGUUUGGAGAGCCCUACUCCUAGCCCCGCCCCUCCCUCACCUCCCCCGUCACAUUCUCUCAGGCCUUCUCUGGUAUUUAUAAUAUAUCACAGAAGUACCCAGUCUUAUAGCCCUCGGUUAUGCCUUUUUUUGACAUUUUAUUUUUUUUAAGCUUUUUAUAUAUAUAUAUAUAUAAAUAUAUUACUUUGUCAAGUUUUUUUGCUGUACAAAAGUCUUAAGAUUUCAAACUAUUAUUUGUAUUAUAUGAUGGUGGUAUGUUCAUGUUACAAAAUUAUUAAUGAAGAAAAAAUUUAUUUUUGUUACUGGUCUGUUUCAUAAUUCUUUUUUAAAUUGGUAUAUUGUAAGAUAUCUAUGCAAAAAAUGUUAUGUGACGCAUUUUUAUUUAAGAAUGUAAUAUGUGUAAUAAACAGUAGAAUGUG